AUGACCCCCACUGCUACGAACAACGGAACCAAGCCCACUGCGACGGCGGCGGGCUACAAGCCUGGCGAGGCGGAUAUGCACGCGCUCACGUGGCAGGGCAAGCGCGAUGUGCGCAUCGCCAAUGUGCCCCGACCCACCAUCACCGACCCUACCGACAUCAUUGUGCGCGCUACGGGCGUCACGGUGUGCGGUAGCGACCUGCACCUCUACUACGGCGAUGUGCCCGACGUCCACGAAGGCGAGAUCCUCGGCCACGAAGGUGUCGGUGUGGUCGACCAGGUCGGCGCCCAGGUGACCAAAUUCAAGCAGGGCGACCGCGUGGUCGCCUCGUUCUCGGUGGCGUGCGGUAGCUGCGACUACUGCAAGAAGGAGGAAUUCACCAUGUGCGACCGCACCAACAGGAGCAGCAGGAUGGAGCAGCUCCACGGCAGCAAGAUCGGCGGCAUCCUCGGAUACUCGCACCUGCUCGGCGGAUAUGCGGGCACCCAGGCCGAGUACUUCCGUGUGCCGUUUGGCGACGUUAACCUUUUCCGCAUUCCCGACGAGGUGCCCGACGAAAAGGCCAUCCUGCUCGCCGACGUGGCACUCGCGGCCUAUCACAGCGUCGUGGAUAUCGACUUCAAGGAGGGCGAGACGGCGGCGAUCUGGGGCGCCGGUGCCAUUGGCCAGCUCAUUGCGCAGUGGCUCUGCAAGGUCUUUGGCGCCCGCAAGGUGAUCAUCAUCGACAAUGUCGCCCCGCGUCUGAGCUGGGUCAAGGACCGUCUCAACGUGGAGACGAUCAACUUUGACCACACCGCCAACGUGGCCGACGAGAUCCUUUCGAGGUUGCCGGGCGGUGUGGAUGUGGCGUUUGACGCUGCUGGCUUCCGCUACUCCAAGUCGUUCCUGCACCGUGCCAUGCAGACGCUCUCGCUCGAGACGGACACGCCCGAGACGCUCAACGAGGCCAUCCGCGCCACUCGCAAGCGCGGCCGCAUCAGCGUCAUCGCUGAUUACGCAGGCCACUGCAGCGGCUUCCUCAUUGGCGCCCUCAUGGAGAAGGGCAUCACGCUCAAGGGCAACGGCCAGGCUCCCGUGCAGAAGUACAUGGAGAAGGUGCUCAAACACUUUGUCGCGACGGGCAAGUUUGAUCCGACGCUCAUCUUGACCCACCGCUUUGCCCUCGAUGACGUUGCCAAGGCUUACAGGGCUUUUGACCAGAAGCGCACCGACGAUUCAACGGGCCUGCCCUACAUCAAGGCCUUUGUCGAGACCAAGUACUCGAAGCCGCGCGCCGAGGGUACGCCCGAACUCGGCCACGUCCCUGGCGCUUGA